AUGUCGUCAUUAAAAGAACAGAAGGAGUUGUUCGUAUCCAACUUACUUGGUGGAUCUAUCCUGGAGACAUACAAUGUCACGGCCGUGGCCCUCAGUGCCUAUUUAUCGUACAAUUUGAUUAGUUCAUACCUUGAUUACAAGAUAACAUUUCCAGUUGAUUUUAUUUUGAAUUGCAUGACGAUUUUAUUGUCAAUCACGCUAUACAGUAAUAGUACCAAUACAUUGCAUUUGCUAAUACUAGUACCGGGUAUAUUGGCUGCAAUUGUCGGUAGGUGGGGACAAAAGGACGUGAAGAAGAGCAGAUCGAAGAAGCCACGAGAUGCAAAAGGCACCAAGACCGAGAAACAAUUGCUAGUGAAAAAACCGUUUAUAACGGCCUACAGAUCACACAUGUUGGUAAUAACCAACUUUGCCAUUUUGGCGGUAGAUUUUAGAAUGUUUCCUCGUAGAUUUGCAAAGGUUGAAACGUGGGGCACGUCCUUAAUGGAUUUGGGGGUGGGAUCGUUUGUAUUUUCGAUGGGAUUGGCAUCGUCGAGAGCAAUUAUCAAGCAGAGAUUCGACUCUUCGAAGUCCACCGACUACAGAUUCAAGUUGUCGCAAUACGUGUCGUUGAUUAUGAAAAAUAGCAUCAAGACCCUCCCGGUAUUGGCAUUGGGGUUGAUCAGAUUGGUUAGUGUGAAAACACUCGAAUAUCAAGAGCAUGUCACCGAGUAUGGGGUUCACUGGAACUUCUUCAUAACUCUUGGGUUGUUGCCGAUCUUUUUCGGUAUAAUUGACCCCGUAUUGAAUUUCGUGCCUCGUUUCGUUGUCGCGUUGGUAAUAUGCAUUGGGUACGAGGUAUUAAUGGUCAAGACCGAUCUAUUAUCAUUUAUACUCAGGAGUGACAAUAGGAUGGAAAGCUUGGUAACCAUGAACAAAGAAGGAAUUUUUUCAUUUAUCGGAUACUUCAGUAUCUUCAUCUUUGGGCAAUCGUUCGGGUCAUUUGUGUUAACUGGCUUCAAAACUCCAAACAACUUAUUCAGAAUGUGUUCAUAUCAGCAAUAUAAAAAGGCUGGCGCAAAAUCUGGCCUCUUCACGGUCACCAGUACCCAAGGAUUAUUGAUAGCCACCUUAUUUUCUCAAGCUUUAUUUUGGUAUGUGCAAGAAGCAUAUUUUGUGAGCAGUAUCUCCAGAAGAUUGGCCAAUUUGUCGUAUGUCUUGUGGGUUGUUUCCUACAAUUCUACUUUACUCCUUGGCUACAAUUUGAUUGAGUCGGUGGUGGCAAAGCCAGAAGCGGCCGAUUCCAAAAUAUUGAAUGCAUUCAAUAACAAUGGUUUAUUGAGUUUCUUGUUAGGGAACUUAUUAACUGGUUUAACCAACAUGACCAUAAAUACAUUAGGCUGCAAUGCUCCUGUUACGUUUGCCAUUUUAGUAACGUAUGGUUUAGUCUUGAGUAUCAUUGCCGUAACUUUAGAUCGUUAUGGCAUAUACAUUAAAUUAUAA